CGUGCCUUAGGCGGGUAUUUCGAAGCGAGGGCGGUUGGGCGCGAAACUCCCUCCGUCGGUAAGAGAAGAGGCUCCGAGGCGAGCAUUGGCGGCGGCGGUGGUGGCGGCCAUGGAGAUCCCUUCUCCGGAGGAGCUGGAGGGGCUGAAGUACGUGGAGCUGCAGCGCCUGGCCAAGACUCUCGGCCUGAAGGCCAACCUCAAGGCAGAAAAGUUGCUAAAUGUGCUGAAGCAACACUUCCGUGAGGUAGUACAUGAGAAUGGAAGCAUGGUCAAAAAGAGAACCUCUUCUGCUGUAGAUACUGAGGAAUCUGACAAUAGUCAAAUAUUAUUUGCUGAUCUGUCUAUGGUUACCAAAAAGCGUAGAAAAUUAAAUCGUCAUAAUGUACAGGAAAGUCUAGAAAUAGAAAACCUUUAUGAAGCAAACCCUGAACUCCAUCCAGAAAAAGAGAUUCUGGAAGAGCUGAAAGAAAGUGAAGAGUUGCAGGAUGCUAAAUCUGGAACAAUACUGAAGAUGAACCAAGACGAAUAUGGGACAAAGAGAACAAUGACAGGAAACCUGGCAGAGACGUCUGCUACUCCAGGUCAUGAAAAAGAGAAUACUGCCAGACAAAAAAUAAUUGAAAGAGGCAAAACUCCUAUGAAUUCUCUCUCUGGAAAGAAUCUUUAUAAGGACAACCUGCCAAAAUCUGGGAAGAGAGGAAUUUCUACCACUCCAAAUUUUAAAAAAAUUCAUGAGGCUCAGUUCAAGAAAAUGCUAUCUAUUGACGAUUACAUCGAAAAGAAAAAUAAAAUGAUUUGCAACUUCAGCAAUUCAGCUAAUGAGGCUAAGAUGCUGGCAAAGAAGAACAAUUAUUUGAAGACCUCUCACAAAGAAACUCUAAACAGUAAUUCCAAGAUGUGUUCGAAUGGGAUUAUAUUCAGCCCCCAUCCUCAAAGGAGUAGGCCCACUCCUGCAUGUACUCCUGUAAACCUUAGGCGCUCAUCACGCAAUUCUCCUGACACAACAAACAAAAGUAUUUUAUAUCGGAAAUCAGCGUUCAGCUCAACUGGCCUCUCAGCCACCAAAAUGAAUGUCAGAUUCACUGAGUCUACAAAGGACAAUGAGCACAAACGCUCCCUUACCAAGACUCCAUCUAGAAAAUCUCCAUUCCUAAAUGACUGCAGCCCAGGGAGCCAGAAGAACAAUAAAUAUGUCACUAGAAAGAACAUCACUGGAAGUACAACAAAGUGUCAAACUCCACAAAACUCUGCUGUUACCCCUUCCAAGUUUGUAACUCACAAUGCAGAACCAAACAGCACUAAGCCAGUAUUUGAUCUACAAGCAAGUCUGUCAAGGCCUCUUAAUUAUCAGCCUCACAGAGGAAAACUUAAACCUUGGGGUACAUCAAAGGAGAACCAGAGUGUAUGUUCCCACAAGAGAGAUCUUAAACAGCCACCUCUCCAGACCAGAGAAAAGAGACGGGAGAAACAUACACAGGGAAGAAAACAGAGAAAAGACCAAAUGCUUGGAAUGCGGAGGGGACUAACUGUUGUUUAAAGUUAAUCCCAAAAUUACUGUGUAAAUAUUAUUUCCUUGUAAAUAUUUUUACUUAUUUUCUUUGCAAUAAUGCAUUUAAGACAGCCUGUACAGACCUAGUAAGGUUGUAAGUGCAACUGUUCCUUUUUCUUUUGUAAAUCUCAGUUUACCAAGUGUAUAUCAGCUAUGUGUUGGUUUGCCUGGAAUCUAAACUUUUCUUUCUUUCAAAAGCAUGGACCAAAAAUCUCGUAUUAUAUUGGACAGAAGAGACAAAACAGCAAGUUUUAGACUCAUAUUAUUCAGUUUUUAAUUCAUUGUUAAUUAAAACAUGGUUAUUAACAAUA